UUUUACAAUCACAAAUCUACUUCUACGCUAUUAUCUUAUCUUACUCACAACCUUAUCACUUUUAUUGAAUCUUAUCAAAAUUUUUCUAUCGAAUCUUUUUCAUAAAAAUUCAAAAAAAAGAAUGAAUUCUAAACAACAACAAAAUUCAAACAAAACAAAUAUUCCUCAUCCUGAUUUCAUAGUCUACAAAGACUGUGAUGAUUAUGUAGAAUCUACUGCUGAUUUCGAAGAAAGAAUCGCAGAUGAGGAGGAAAUAGCUCGUGAAUUUGAAUGGCUAUCCGAAUUCACCGUUGAAACGAGCUAUUUACCCAGGCAUUGGCGUUCAACGCCAAUAAUUUUUGAAGAAGUUAAUCCACCGGAUAACUUCGAAGAAAUUAUAAAUGAUUCUCGUGUAGUCGAUGUUGUCAAUAUUGACAACUUUCAAGAUUAUCGAGAUUUAUUAGACAACAAAGCUCCUGGCGACAAUCAUAUAAGACCGCCACUAAAUUUACCACCACCACCAGCCGAGUGGUUAAAGAAAUGAAUGAAUGACAGAAAUUUCUCAAAAUUUUUUUCUCAUUGAUUUUUUUACAAUAAAAUAUUCUUUACACUGCUGAA